UGUGCCUGUACACCUCUCCAUAGUUAUUUACAUUAUAUAAGAAGACGGCGAAUUACUCGGCAUACCGUUCUCUUUGCUGUGCCAACACUUCCGAUUCAGUAAUAUGGAACUUAUCUACUUUCCAGUGAAAGGCAGAGCUGAGGUUAUCAGGCUGAUGCUGAUUGACAAUGGUACAAGCUACACUGAAACCAGCUGUGCAAAUGACUGGGAUUCCAAAUGGAAACCAAAAAUGGCUUUUGGACAGACCCCAUGUCUAAAGGAUGGUGACUUGACACUUGUUCAAUCAAACUCAAUCAUCAGACACCUGGCCAGGAAAUUUAGUUUGUACGGAGCCAACGAAGCGGAGGCUUGUCGUGCUGACAUCAUUAAUGACAGUGUCGAGGACCUCCGGUCUGCUUACGUGAAUCUCAUCUACAAUAAUUAUGACGCUGGUAAGGAGGAAUACAUCAACAAGCUACCAGCAAAACUGCAAUACUUCGAGAAAUACAUCGAAGGUAAAUCUCCCUACGUCCUGGGGGAUCAUAUUUGUUUUGCGGACUACAGUCUGUUUGAGUUGCUGGACAUCCAUUUGGUUUUGGCGCCGUCGUGUCUCGACAAAUUCCCUGCUCUCAAGGCUCUACAUACCACUGUAGGGUCACGUCAAAAGGUCAAAGCCCACAGGGAUUCCGACGCAGUCAAGGCAAUGCCGAUUAACGGCAAUGGCAAACAGUAGACAAUCCAAGAUUGAUGAUGAAACAAUGUUCCUAGUUAGUGGCCAUUUGUUUUUUAUUGAUGGUUGUAGAGGUAUAAUUUUUAUAUAAUAAAUCAUGAAACUGCCAUUGACUUACUCAGACAAUGACUUUCUGGUACUAUAGCCAGUGUUCUGAUAUUACUGAUUAAGAUUCUCAUAAAUGUAAAAUUCCAGUUUUGAUAACAAUUUACUGUGGAGUCUUGUUAAUCCAGUCAGCACUAACUAAAAUGUGCCACUCUGUCAAUAUAUGCCAGUGUUUUGCUCCAUACCUUUUUCUGUUUGUAUUUUGACCAGUUAUCGAUGCAUGUCAUUUUCGGGACACUUAGUAUCUAGCUGCCUGAAUUAACGAGGCUCUGCAGUACAAGUCUUGUCGACUCUAAAUUGAUAGCAAUACUGUUUUUUAUGCAUGCACAAUUCACAGAGAUUGUUACGUUCUGCGAAAUGGUUGUUAAAAAGUAUAUAUUUAAUCCUUGGUCAAGUAUUUUUAUUUUUGAAAUUGAAAAUUUCAUAUUGGUCAGUUCAAAUUUUUGUGUUGAAUUUUUCUUAAGCAAUCAAUUAUGACUGCCAAAUUUGUUUUUUUGCAAAAUAAGGCUCGUUACAAUCAAUAAUUACAUUAUAGGUAUGAUACAAGGAUUAAAAGUUUCGUUGGUCUGUUAUUCAUUGUUUGAAUAUAAAUAUUCUCUGUCUUCAAUGGACAAGUUUUUUAGGUCGACGCCCUCAUCUAUUGGUAUUUAGCCACCGGUAAGGUUUUUUAGCAGAAUUUAUAUUUUUUUCAACUUCAGUGGCCUGCAAUGAUUUUUCUUGCCUUGUUUUACACCUGACUACAUGCUGCUUACCCCAGUAAAAAAGUGCUUUAAUUUCCCAAAAUGAAGGUAAUUGAGGCAUAUCUUCCAAUUUUAAGUAAAAAUAGUGCUUUAUUUUCCCCAAUUCAUGUAAGAAAGGAUGUUGUAAAAUCAAGUUAGAAAAAACACUGAUCUGUGCUGCAGAGACCUAAUCAAUGGGGAAAAUUGAUGUGAAGAUCAUCAAAAAACGCUUGUUUCUAGUAUUAAAAAUACCCCCAAAAUAAUUUGGUUGGUUGUGUCUAUGUUUAUUAGAUGACUGGUGUUUGUUUUAAUCGAUCUAAUGUAAAAAAAAAAAAAUGUUACUUUUUAACCAAUUAAAUUUAUUUCCUUGUAUGAUACCUAUAAGUUACCUGCUAUACCUUGCACUUUUUACAUGACGGUUGUGAAAGAGUUACCUCCCUUGGAAAUGCUUUCUUUAUGAAACCAGAUUGACCAGUUCAGUGUUGACCUUCAAGUACCAUACUGAUUACAUGCCAGUCAAUAGGUAUAUAUCAAAGUGUACAAUCCUUAAAAUACAGUUACAAUUUUUUAUAUGACUUGCCCGAGGAUAUUUUGAAAUUGAAAUCCUAUACAUGUAGUAAUUACCACAAGGUGUGUUGUUGUCAAGUUUUGUGUUUAAUUGAAACUGUUGUGUCGUGUCUGUUCAUCAUACCACAAAGCUGUGUGCUUAAAAAUAAAGAUUUAAAUUUCAAAA